AUGAUUUUGGUUGGUAAGACGUAUGAGGAACGACUUCGUUGCUGCAAGGUGUCCCUUUCCACAGGUUGUGCACAAUAUGGCGUCGACAUGUCAAUGUUUCAGAACGAACUCCUGGUCGAUCGCUUGAUGGCAAUUGCGGAGAACAAGCUGCUGAACAUCCCGGACCAGGAGAAGGAGGCUCAGCGUCAGGUCAGCUUGCAUGCGAUCAGAGGAUUAAACGGGACAGUGAACAUGUCGACAUCGCCGCAGAUAUCCCAAGCCGAACUCCUGGUGGACCUUGCAAAGGACACGCUGCUUAGCUUCCCUGAUCUCGAGAAGGAUGCGCUGCGUCAGGGCAGCCUGGCUGCAACAGCUGGGUUCAACGCGACCACGGACAUGUCAGCGCUACCGCAGAUCUCCCAGACCGCCGUGCCUAUGGUAGGGGGCCCAGGGCUCUUCGGCGGCGCGCUGAUGGCCCUUCUCAUCGUCACAGCACUUCUUGCUUUGGGUUGUAGCAUCUGUUUUCUCAAGGGCCUUGAUCGGAAGCCGGCAAGCUCUCCACAACAGGCCAAGGAGAAUAAGAAGCUUGGCCGAUCGAGGCAUGCGCUUGGGUCCGCUUCCAGCCUUGGCGUGUCAGAGGGAAUGAUGAGGCCGCCCCCUUGUUCGGCUGCCUCCCUGGCCUCGGCACGCAGCUAUGCGUCGAGGGCCACCCGCGACUCGUGCGCUGGGAGACUGCUCUCUGCGAGGGUGCGCGGGCGGGACGUUGGUGGUUCUCCGAACGGCGCGGGCGCCCUAGGACUGGGCACGACGCCAGGGGGCGCACCGGCAACGAAGAUGUUCAGCUUCGAGGGGCAGCGCGCCAGCAUCAACAGCGCGCAGAGGCUCAACAAGGCGUGGUACACCCCGUCGCCGCAGGCCGGAGACAGCCGAUUUACGGUGCCGGUGGACACGCUGGUGAAUGUCGCUGCGCAGGGAGGCUUUGACAUCAAGGACAGACGUAGGCAGCGGCCUGGUCCUGCGAGUGAGCCUGCGCCGCAACGACGAUGGUCACAGAGUGUUGCAGACGUUCCAGGGUCUUCCACAUGUAGCUCAACGCCCCUGUAUGACCGUGGGCCCUCCCAAGCCACACUCGUCGAGCGACCCGGACAGCCUGGUCAUCUGCGGGCCGAACGGGCUGAUAUUCGGGAAUAUCAUCUUGCAGUGCACUGGGUCUUUCCUCGUGAGCGCACAAGGCCAGCCAUUUCUGCUGAUCGAAGGGAACGAAGCCGACCUGGACCUCCACAUCUCUACUAUACGUGA